AUGGAUCACGAUUAUUUUUUGGCAACGUUAAAUGAAUUUAUACAGAAAACAAAGGAGAUCAUUGAAAAAUUGAAUAUAGAAUUAGAAUGGAUAAAUGGUCACCAUGACAGAUGCCGUGUAGCUAAAACAGCAGGCACUACUCUAUCGGUAACUGGUGCAGUUGUUACAGGAGGUGCACUUCUCCUCGCUCCGUUUACAGGUAAUAGAGUUUAUAAAAAAUGUGGAGCGAUUAAAUUUACAAUGUUUACUGAGUUCAUAGGUGGUGCUUCACUUGUAGCAGCUGCUGGGUAUGGUGCUGCGGUAGGUUUAACAGGAACUGGCAUAAACCUCACAACUGAUAUAACUGAUAUCUUUGCCAGCAGAAUAGUAAGCAAUGGAAUCGAGAAGAUUUGUGCUGAAAGAAAUCAAGUGGCCCAUCGUUUGCAAGAAUGUUUACAGAAGCUCGAAGAUCAGGCGAAGGAAUUCAUGGAAUACGACGUUGAUGAAGAUACAGCUUACGCGUUAGCUGCAAAAGGUUAUACGAUCUACAGUGUUUCUAAAGGUGCUUUGACAUUAACGAGAUGUGCACAAGCUGCAAAAGACUCUUUUAACUUAACUUUACGCAAUGGAGGCAAGUUUUGGAGAGGUUUGAGAAUCCAGUCUGAAGGUUUAAUGAAGACACUUGCCUAUUUCGGUGUCAAUGUCAGCAAAAAAGGAGCCAUGCUCAUCGUUCGAUCGGGUACGAUGCUGCUUAGUGGUAUUUUUGCAAUCUAUGAUGUUCGCUCCUUAAUAAAAACCCUUGAAAAUAAUCAUCCGACUGCUGAUGGUAUUUCAAAAAUAAUUGAAUGCAUGAAGGAAGAAAUGGAUCAAAUUUCGAAACUGCGAGAUGAAUCGAUGGAGUGA